AUGACUUCAGCAUUCGGCCCAAUCGCAGAGCAACACCAGGACAAAUUCGACCUCGGAAUCUGGCACGCGCUCUUUAACUGGAACAACCUCACCGUCGCUGUCCAAAACCAAUGGGGCGGCCCCGACUCCUCCGAUAAGCGCGACUGGCUCGCAGGCCAAAUUUCCGAACUUUUCGCCGCAGAACCCCUCACAGACCAAGAAGAUGUCGAAGUUGUGCUGCUACAAGUCCUCGAGGACGAAUUCGGCGUGCGCGUAGAAGACGAGACCGAAGUCGCCGUUGCGCGCGAGAUCAUGGCGAUACGGAAGGAGAUUGGCGAGGGCAACACAGCGAUGGUGGAUGCGCUGCAGAAGAAGUGGGAAGAUAGGAAGGGCAAGGAGGUUGCGACUGGGAGUGUUAAUGUCAAGGAGACGAAUCAGGACUUUGAGGGGGAUAGUGUGGAUGAGGAGACGGAUGAGGAUGAGGAUGUCGAUAUGGAUGAUGUGCCUGCGCUUGUGCCUGCGAAACCGAAGGCUAAGCUUGAGCCUGAGAUUGAUGAGGACGGCUUUACGACGGUGGUUGGCAAGAAGAAGAGAUGA